UGUAGACAGAAGCUGGAAAUGGGUGAGUCGCCGCUGAGGGCCGUGGUAUCAGAGUCUUUAAACAAUAAUGUACGGGCUUAAUUGACACAGUUAAACACCAUCGGCGCACUUCUGUUGCAGAGACACGGCGUUUGCAAGGGCGCGUCAUUUGACCGACUGCCGUCAUUAGUUUUAAAGCUAGCUAGGCUAAUGUUAGCGAGCGGAGCCAGGCCCAGCCUAGAGUUCACUACUGUGUUUUUGUGGGCGACGCCAGUCAAAGUGCUAACGAGGCAGAUGUAACUGGUGACACUUAAUCAGCAACAACAAACAACAAAGCCCAGUCUCUCAGAUACCUGGACUGUUUUUUAGUAGCGCAUUAAAGGUUUGAAUAGCCUGAAAACCCUAGCUAACUAAUUAAUAAUGACUUCCAGGAGGACAGGCUAUGCUGGUAGCAUGGAUUCCUCUACGACAAAUAGCGGCGGCAGCUCGGUCCACAGUGGAAAUCGUAAGCAGAGUAUAAUUAACAUUCCCGACAGACCAGAGUCCUGUUUUGAUCGGAAACCAGACAAGUCUUUAUUCGGAGUCUCGCAGGGCAACAUGACUGUAACGUCGCUGAAGUCGCGUCUGGCCCCGACCAUUCAGACUGCCAUGUCCGCUGCAGUGGACACUCUGCUGGGCGAAGUGGUGCUGGUUCUCAAUGAGACGCAACAAGAGCUGCUGCACAAGGAGCAGGAGAACGAAAGACUCAAAGUGCGGCUUGAAGUGUCAGAGAGGGAGUUGAAGACUUUACAGGAGUGCCUGUGCAGCGCUCAGAAGCUCAUAGACCAGCUUCAGAUCUCAUACUCGGGCCCUCAGACAGUGAGUCAGUCGGUUUUCGCCCCGUCGCUGUCUUCCAUGGCUUCUCUGACUUCGGGCUUGGAUCGGGACCACCAGAACCCCCGAAGCGUGAAUGGAGCCGGUGUAGACUUGGGACUCGGUGGCGCUGUGGAUGAAUCGCUUCAUGGGUUUGAGCCAAGAGAUGACUACAAAAUGUGUCAACUUUCAAUCCAACCAGAUGGCUCUGUGACUAACCACGCUCUGGACUCCUUCACAUCCAACACAUCUCAUAUGUGCUCCGAUUCCAGCAGGCCAGAUGAGAGGCAGUCUCAGGGACCAGGAGGAGCAUCCAGGUUUGAGAUUAAAGAGGAGCAGGGAGCAGCUUCAGUCUCUGGUCAGCCCAGCAGGAAGGAGCAAGGGUUGCGUAAUGACAGCAGAAUUGGUGACGGAGAGCGGCCAUCCCAAAGCGUGGGUGACCUCGGUUACGUUCAAGUUGGGGAGGGAGGUUCUCAUCGUUCCUUUACUCACCCCCUGCGGCACCAAAGGCCUGUGCGAGAAUGCAGCGGUGCCUUGCAGCCGGACGGACUAGAUGGACAGAAAGCGUUGGCUAGGACUUCUGGAACUGGGAGAGUAGACAGUGUGUCUCCGGGCAGAGCUGAGGACUCUGCAGGACCUUCGGCCCCUGACACAGCAGUGGAGCCCUCCGGCGAUCGGCCUCACCACUGCCUGGAGUGUGGAAAGACCUUCCGCUUGAUCUCCAGCCUGAAGAAGCACAUCCGCAUCCACACAGGAGAGAAGCCCUACCCGUGUGGAGUCUGUGGCCGCCGCUUCCGCGAGUCGGGAGCUCUCAAAACCCACCUGCGCAUACACACGGGUGAGAAGCCAUACUCUUGCUCUGAGUGUGGAAACUGUUUCCGCCACUUGGACGGUUUGCGCAAGCACAGGCGCACGCACACCGGAGAGAAACCCUACGUGUGCGCCAUCUGUGGGAAGCGCCUGAGCCGCCUGCAGCACCUCAAGCACCACCAGCUCAUCCACACCGGAGAGAGGCCGUGCUGCUGCCCCUUCUGCAACCGCAGCUUCAAGGAGCCCGCGGCGCUGCGGAAGCACAUCCGCACUCACCGGGAGGAAGGAGGUCACAUGGGAAUUGUUGCCAGUGAUGACACAGACCCAGACGCCAUGGAUGACAUAAACAACCUCCAUCCAGCAGCUCCGUCCCCUCAGAUGAGGUUUGGGGAGUGGGGAGCGGAGGAAGACGACAGCUCGGUCGUGGACUGUGUGUAGGAGACGAUUAAAGGAGAAACUGUCGGUUUGUAAUCUUAUAAAACGCUGAAUAAAGUGUUUCUGUAGUUUAACAUGAUGGAUAAGAUCAUCUCUGUUCCAUCCAGCUGUUAGAGUGAAGAAUCAGGCUACAUAUAACCCUAGCCUUUGAGUUGUGUUUAUAUCUGAUGUUUUCAUGUCAGCAGCAAGUUUUCUUUCUUUUGUUUUCCCAAACAUUUAUCAAACAGCAGCAGCAGCAGUGUACAAGUUGUUCUUGGCACAGGAAGUUGCUGGUUUGCCAGCUUCCCAGCAAUAAUUUGGGGAAUUGAUGGCAGAAGCGGACAAGAUCUGUUAACCCCACUUUUAAAAAUGUAAGUGCCUUGAACACUCACUCAACCAUCAGCUGAGUCCCCCUGCUGCUGCUGCUGCUGCUGCUGCUGUUUAAGAUCACCCGCACCUGGAUAUUAGUCAGGACAAACUAUUACUGAUGACUUUCUAAAAGCUUUUGGUGACACACACUGAGCUGCUCAAAUACUGUAAACAGAAAUAGAUGCAUGGCGCUGGUUCAUGCUUCAUGUGUAGGACAAACCAUGUACAUUGUGUAGCUGGGUAUUUUUGGCCAAAACCAAAUAUCCUUGUACUGUGGUUUAAUUCUUUGAUCUCAAGUGUUCACAUUUGGGUCUGUACCAUUGGUGCUUUCACACACACACGCAGCAUUCAUGAAUCUACAACAGAAACUGACCAACACCAUUUCACUCAGCUGGAACUGCAAAUUAAAGCUGGUCAGAAUAUUAGAUCCUUUCCACUUUGAUCCUUUAUAAAACCAGGAAAGUCAGGCAUUUAAACUUUCACGAUAUUAACCAAAAUCCCACAUGACGCCUGGCUCUGAUUUUGAUGUGGACAUGAUAUUGAUGUGUCUCCCUGGUCUACCUCAGUACUCACUCUCCUGCUUUAGUUUACUUACAGUCCUCUGACUUCUUUGACUUACAAUUGAGAUUAUUUAAUGAAAAAGUCUGUUAAAAUGGUUCUUCCCAAUGACUGUUACACUGCAGGUGGAUGCAGUCACAUUUUAAGGACCCAGUGCUUCUGUUAAACCAAAGCACAUUUUAAAAUAUUGCUGUAAAGCCACCAUUAUUCUGAACUAAUAAUUAACAACUGUAAAAAUACAAUUAAAAACAUUUAACUGAGAAAAAAAAAUAGUUACUACCUGUUAGGUUUUGACUGUCAUCAGUGUGUGGCUUGAUGAGACAUGAACCAAGUUUUAUUCUUCCUCUUUAGCCCUGCUCUGCUCUGUCUCAUCCCUCCUUUUCACCGCGCAGAGCUGUCAUCCGUUACGCAAUCGUUAAUCUUUGUCGAGCUGAAGUUACCUGUGUCAAGUGUGUUUAAGUUUGAAAACAGUAGUACGAGCAUUUUAUUUUCUCACCAAACAAAAAAACAGGACAUAUAGGACAGAGGACAUCAGCAUCCACCCAGAGAGAAACAGCUUAAACACAGUUUUACUGUCCCAUGAUCCUCUCUUUCUCUUAUGGACCACGUCUUCUCAUUCCGUUCGAGCUGCUACUGUAUGUCUAGAAAGCCUUUCCCUUUCUGGACUUAUAUUAAUGUUACCACCCAGUUACUAGCAAUUACUAGGGGACAGACUUUUGGUGCUUGCAUGUGCAUAUUUGUUCCUCCGCUGGCAGCGAUGCCUCCUGGGUGUUUCUGUAUAUAAGAAUGUAGUUUUAGCCAUUUUUUCCGGUUUAAUAAGGGUUAACAUUUGUGGAAAAGUUUAAUGUGCAACAUUGACUUUUUUUUUUUUUUUUUUUUUAAACGUAGUGUGCUUUGUAACCAUCAGUAUGCUAACAGGCAAUGUAAAUAUAUAAAAUCUUAUUAAAUUUUCUUCCUGAUGUUUUUCCCGACGCCCCGAUGUGACACGACGGACGCGUCAGGUUUAGCAACGGAGAGCAUUAUACUUCUCAGCCUUCUCAGCUAUACUGUAGGUCUCUGGUGUCAUUUACCAUGUAUACUACUAUAAUGAUCUCUAUGUACAUUUACAAGUGUAAGUCAUUUUACAAGGCACUCAAAAGAUAUGUCACUGUAUGCCAAGGUAGUCUUUACCCCAGAUAAUCAUAUUUAUUGUUUUCUGCUGAUACAUACAGGGGGGCCUUUGCAUGUAGGUUUAAACUGAAAUGGCAUUCUUCCUUAACAGGUCAGUGUUAAAUGUGAAGUGAAUUACAUUUUUAUGCUUCUGUGUUCAAAAUAUAUUCCCUCACAUCACAUUCAUCAUGUUACCUACUGUAAAUGUUACUAUAUUAAAGGGCCU